CCCAGGCCAUUCUGUGAUUCUAUGAAUGUGAUUGUAGAGUCAUUAAGGUCGGAGAAAACCUCUGGGGUCGUACAGUCUGACCUUAUGGUGUGGUGGAACGCAGCAGCAGGAAGCCAACCCUACAGAAGGUGGUGAUGAUGCUGGGGACCCGGAUUACCUCACUGCUCUCUUUGCAGCCAUGAAAGCCGACCGCAAGCGCUUGAAGGCAGAGAAAACAGACCUGGUGAGCCAAAUGCAGCAGCUCUACGCCACGCUGGACAGCCGGGAGGAGCAGCUCCGCGACUUCAUCCGCAACUACGAGCAGCACCGGAAGGAGAGCGAGGAUGCAGUGAAAGCCCUGGCCAAGGAGAAGGAUCUGCUGGAACGGGAGAAGUGGGAGCUGCGGCGGCAAGCCAAGGAAGCCACCGACCACGCCAGCGCCCUGCGCUCCCAGCUCGACCUCAAAGACAACCGAAUGAAGGAGCUGGAGGCCGAGCUGGCCAUGGCCAAGCAAUCCCUGGCCACGCUGACCAAGGACGUCCCCAAGCGCCAUUCCUUGGCCAUGCCAGGCGAGACGGUGCUGAAUGGCAACCAGGAGUGGGUGCUGCAGGCUGACCUACCACUCACUGCUGCCAUCCGACAGAGCCAGCAGACCCUGUACCACUCCCACCCCGCACACUCAGCCGACCGGCAAGCAGUCCGGGUGAGUCCCUGCCACUCCAGGCAGCCGUCCAUCAUCUCCGACGCGUCAGCAGCAGAAGGCGACCGAUCGUCCACGCCGAGUGACAUCAACUCACCACGACACCGGACGCAUUCGCUCUGCAACGGGGACAGCCCCGGACCGGUACAGAAGAACUUGCACAACCCCAUCGUACAGUCUCUGGAAGACCUCGAGGACCAAAAACGGAAAAAGAAGAAGGAGAAGAUGGGCUUUGGUUCCAUCUCACGGGUGUUCGCCCGGGGCAAGCAGCGCAAAUCCCUCGACCCAGGGCUGUUUGAUGGCACGGCCCCCGACUACUACAUCGAGGAGGAUGCGGACUGGUGACCCCUCGCCCCCAAAAAUGUACAGCCCCCACGUGUGCAUACCCAGUCACAGUGUAA